GGCGGCGGAGCCGCUGCGCUCGGUGCUGUGGGUGAAGCAGCGGCGCUGCGCUGUGAGCCUGGAGCCCGCGCGGGCGCUGCUGCGCUGGUGGCGGAGCCCGGGGCCCGAUGCCGGCGUCCCCGGCGCGGAUGCCUGCUCCGUGCCCGUUGCUGAGAUUAUCGCGGUCGAGGAUGUGGAUGUCCACAGGAAGCACCAGGCCAGCGGCAAGUGGCAGAAGAUGGACAAGCCUUACGCCUUCACAGUUCACUGCGUGAAGAGGGCGCGGCGUCGCCGCUGGAAGUGGGCGCAGGUGACUUUCUGGUGUGCGGACGAGCAGCUGUGUCACCUGUGGUUACAGACGCUCCGGGGGCUGCUGGAGAAGCUGACAUCAAGACCAAAGCAUUUGCUGGUGUUUAUCAAUCCGUUCGGAGGGAAAGGACACGGCAAGCAGAUCUACGAGAGGAAGGUGGCGCCGCUGUUCACACUGGCCUCCAUCAGCACAGAGGUCAUUGUGACUGAGCACGCCAACCAGGCCAAGGAGACGCUGUACGAGAUGAACGUAGACAAGUACGACGGCGUCGUCUGUGUCGGAGGUGACGGCAUGUUCAGCGAGGUCCUGCACGGCCUGAUCGGGAGCACACAGAGGAGGGCGGGCAUUGACCAGCAUCAGCCCCGCGCCGUGCUGGCGCCCCCCGCCCUCAGGAUUGGCAUCAUCCCUGCAGGGUCCACAGAUUGUGUGUGUUACUCGACGGUGGGCACAAAUGACGCGGAGACAUCUGCUCUGCACAUCAUCGUCGGAGACUCACUGGCCAUGGACGUGUCGGCGGUGCACCACCACAGCUCGCUGCUGCGCUACUCCGUGUCCUUGCUGGGCUAUGGCUUCUACGGGGACAUCAUCAAGGACAGCGAGAAGAAGCGCUGGAUGGGCCUCGUCAGAUACGACUUCUCAGGUUUAAAGAACUUCCUCUCCCAUCACUGCUACGAAGGGACGGUGUCCUUCCUCCCAGCGCAGCACACGGUGGGCUCUCCGCGGGACGGGAAGCCCUGCCGGGCAGGAUGCUUCGUUUGCAGGCAAAGCAAGCAACAGCUGGAAGAGGAGCAGAAAAAGGCACUGUACGGCUUAGAGAGCACUGAGGAGGUGGAAGAGUGGCAAGUUGUCUGUGGGAAGUUUCUAGCCAUCAAUGCCACGAACAUGUCCUGUGCCUGUCCCCGGAGCCCUAGGGGCCUCUCCCCAGCCGCCCACCUGGGAGAUGGGUCUUCCGACCUCAUCCUCAUCCGCAAAUGCUCCAGGUUCAAUUUUCUGAGAUUUCUUCUCAGGCACACCAACCACUACGAUCAGUUUGACUUCGCGUUCGUCGAGGUUCACCGCGUGAAGAAGUUCCAGUUCACGUCGAAGCAUGCCGAGGACGAGGACGGGGACCUGCAGGAGCCUGGCAAGAAGCACUUGGGGCACAUCUGCAGCGACCGCCCCUCCUGCUGCAGCGCGGCCGCCCGCAGCUCCUGGAACUGUGACGGCGAGAUCCUGCACAGCGCCGCUAUCGAAGUCAGGGUGCACUGCCAGCUGGUCCGACUCUUCGCACGAGGCAUCGAGGAAGACCCUAAGCAGGAUUGCCACGGCUGAGCGGCCCCUAUGCCACAUCCACUCGUGCUUGGAAAGUACGAGAAUCAUUUGAGACAGUUACUACAGACCAAUUAUGUUGACAGAUACAUUCGAAUUUAGAAAUUUAUUUUUGAUAGUUAAACCUUGAUUUUAGAAAAAA